AUGACAUGUUACAUCAUAAAUAUUACAGGUUUUGUAUCCUGUUCGCCGAGUCCUUGUAAGCACGGAGGGGUCUGCAUAUCACCACCGCGCGGCGAGUCGUAUUGCAACUGCACAUCUCACUACGUGAGCGAGUACUGCCAGCAUCGCAAUCCUUGCCUAACAGGACCGCGAUGCCAAAACGGUGGCUCUUGCCACGUGCGCGAGGGCAUCGGCGGUGGUACCCCGUCAUUCGUCUGCUCCUGUCCCGUUGGCUACACGGCCAGCCUCUGCGAGAUCAGGAUCGACAACGCCUGCGACUCGUCGCCCUGCUCCAACAACGGCACGUGCGUCCUCAAGUCGCUCUACGAUUACACCUGCUCCUGUGCCCACGGUUACGCCGGCGAAUUCUGCGAAGAAGUCGAUUAUUGCGCAUCGUCGCCCUGUCGCAACGACGCGCAAUGCCGAUCGCUGGACAACACGUACCAAUGCACUUGCACGGCCGGAUACACCGGGCCCAACUGUUCCGAGGACGUAAACGAGUGCGAUCUCCAGCCGUGCAGAUUCGGCACCUGCCACAACACCUACGGAUCUUACAAAUGCAUGUGCAACAGCGGAUUCACCGGCCAAAAUUGCGAAAGCGAGUACAUACCCUGCAGUCCGUCGCCGUGUCAAAACGGCGGCGUCUGCCACGAGAUCGACAACUUGACCUUCAAAUGCUCAUGUCCAGAAGGCUUCCAAGGUGAUGUCUGCGAGACCAACAUAAACGACUGCGUGGGCAACCUCUGUCAGAACGGGGCGACGUGCAUCGACCGAGUGAACGAGUACUCGUGCCUGUGCCCGCCAGCCUUCACGGGUCCCCAGUGCGAGCACGAUGUCGACGAGUGCUCGGUCAGGCCGUCCCUGUGCCACAACGGGGCCACCUGCACCAACAGCCACGGCAGCUACUCGUGCAUAUGCGUCAACGGAUGGACCGGGCCCGACUGCAGCGUCAACAUCGACGACUGCGCCAGCGCCGCCUGCUUCAACGGGGCCACCUGCAUCGACAGGGUCGGCAGCUUCUACUGCCAGUGCACGCAAGGAAAAACCGGUCUCCUGUGCCAUCUGGACGACGCCUGUACAUCCAACCCCUGCCACCAGGACGCAGUUUGUGAAACCAGUCCCAUCAACGGCUCGUUCACGUGCUCGUGUACGAGUGGCUAUCGCGGCAUUGACUGCUCCGAGGAUAUCGACGAGUGCAAACAAGGUUCACCGUGCGAGCACGACGGCAUCUGCGUGAACACGCCCGGCUCGUUCGCGUGCAACUGCACGCAAGGCUUCACGGGUCCGCGUUGCGAGACCAACGUCAACGAGUGCGAGUCGAUUCCCUGCAGAAACGACGGCUCCUGCCUCGAUGAUCCCGGAACCUUUCGAUGCGUCUGCAUGCCAGGUUUCACGGGUACGCAGUGCGAGAUAAACAUUGACGAGUGCGCGUCGAAGCCGUGCCUGAACGGGGGCAUCUGCACGGACCUGAUCAACGGUUUCAAGUGCAAGUGCGCGGACGGCUUCGCGGGCGUCCACUGCCAGAUAAACAUCGACGAUUGCGCGAGCUCACCCUGCCGCAAUGGCGGCACCUGCCACGACUCCAUCGCCAAGUACACGUGCGAGUGCCCGGCCGGCUUCAACGGCGCCUCCUGCGAGACCAACAUCAACGAUUGCCAAUCCAACCCGUGCCACAGCGGCACGUGCAUCGACGGCGAGAACUCCUUCAGUUGCAGCUGUUUCCCCGGCUUCACGGGCAACCUGUGCCAAACGCAGAUUGACGAGUGCGAGAGCAGUCCGUGUUUGUUCGGUGGCCGGUGCGAGGACCGGAUCAACGGUUACCAGUGCAUAUGCCGGCCGGGCACCUCGGGCAACAAUUGCGAGAUCAACGUCAACGAGUGCUACAGCAAUCCGUGUCGCAACGGGGCCCGGUGCAUCGACGGGAUCAAUCGUUACUCGUGCGAGUGCGAGCCGGGCUUUACGGGCCAGCACUGCGAGACGGACAUCAACGAGUGCGCCUCAAACCCGUGCGCCAACGGGGGCCGCUGCGUCGACCUUAUCAACGGCUUUAGGUGCGAGUGCCCCCGGGGUUACUACGACGCGAGGUGCCUGAGCGACGUGGACGAGUGUAGUUCGAACCCGUGCGUCAACGGGGGCACCUGCGAGGACGGGGUCAAUCAGUUCAUCUGCCAUUGUCUGCCCGGUUACGGGGGCAAGCGUUGCGAGGCCGACAUUGACGAGUGCGGCUCGAACCCGUGCCAACACGGGGGCAUUUGCAAGGACAGGCUCGACGGGUACGCGUGCCAGUGCUUGCCCGGCUACGCGGGCGUCAAUUGCGAGACCAACGUCGACGACUGCGCCAUCAGUCCGUGUCAGAACGGUGGCUCGUGCAUCGACCUCGUCAACGAUUACAAGUGCGUCUGCGAGCUGCCCCACACGGGCAGGAAUUGCGAGAACAAGCUUGACCCCUGCUCGCCCAACAAGUGUCUUCACGGAGCCAAGUGUUCGCCGUCAUCGAAUUUUUUGGACUUUGUGUGCACGUGCACCGUAGGCUACACGGGACGGCUUUGCGACGAGGACGUGGACGAGUGCGUCAUCACGUCGCCUUGUAGGAACGGAGCUACCUGUCGCAACACCAAUGGCUCGUACCACUGCGUGUGCGCCAAGGGUUACGAGGGACGCGAUUGCAUCAUCAACACCGACGACUGCGCCUCGUAUCCUUGUCAGAAUGGUGGUACCUGCCUCGACGGUAUUGGUGAUUACACCUGUCUGUGCGUCGAUGGUUUCAAUGGCAAGCAUUGCGAGGUCGACAUUGACGAGUGCACCUCGUCCCCGUGUCAGAACGGCGCCGUUUGCAAGGAGUACGUCAACUCGUACACCUGCCAGUGCAAGCUCGGCUUCUCGGGGAUCAAUUGCCAGACGAACGACGAGGAUUGCACCGAGUCCUCGUGCAUGAACGGCGGCACCUGCAUCGACGGCAUCAACAACUACACCUGCGUCUGUCGGCCCGGCUACACGGGCUCGAACUGCCAGUACCGCAUCAACGAGUGCGACAGUAAUCCCUGCCAAAAUGGUGCCACCUGCCACGACCACGUGCAAUAUUACACGUGCCACUGCAUGUACGGCUACACGGGCGAGCGCUGCGAGAGCUACGUCGACUGGUGCGCCGAGUCGCCCUGCGAGAACCAAGCGACCUGCGUCCAGCAGAGAAACAAGUACGAGUGCAAGUGCUCGCCCGGCUGGACGGGCAAGGUAUGCGACGUCGAGAUGGUCUCGUGCAAGGACGCCGCUCUGCGCAAGGCCGCCCCCGAGCGUAGGCUGUGCAACAACGGCACCUGCAAGGACAUCGGCAACAGCCACACGUGUCUCUGCAACGAGGGCUACACGGGCAGCUACUGCCAGACCGAGAUCAACGAGUGCGACUCGGCGCCCUGUCAGAACGGGGCCACGUGUCGCGAUCUCGUGGGCUCGUACAGGUGCGACUGCGCCAAGGGCUUCCAGGGUCAGAAUUGCGAGCUCAACAUCGACGACUGUAGCCUCAACGCUGGCAGUCCCGUGCCCGUAUCGCCCUGCCAGAACGGCGGCAUCUGCCACGACUUGAUCAACAACUUCAGCUGUUCGUGUCCGUUCGGCACCCUUGGCUAUCUCUGCGAGAUAAACAUCGACGACUGCGUGCUCGACGCUUGCCACAACAAUGGCACCUGCGUCGACAAGGUCGGGGGCUUCGAGUGCAAGUGUCCCCCGGGUUUCGUGGGCCCGCGCUGCGAGGGCGACAUCAACGAGUGCCUGUCUAACCCGUGCUCGGCCCCCGGCACCCAGGACUGCGUCCAGCUGGUCAACAACUACCACUGCAACUGCAAGCCCGGCUACAUGGGCCGGCACUGCGAGGUCGAGGUCAACUUUUGCGACAGCUCGCCCUGUCAGAACGGCGGAGUCUGCACGGCCCAGAAGGCCGGGCACACCUGCGUCUGCCCGAACGACUACUACGGCCACAACUGCGAGUUCUCCGGCUCGUACUGCGAAACCGAGCCCUGUCGCAACGGGGGCACGUGUCGUGACACUGAUACGAGCGUCGGCUAUCGCUGCCACUGUUUGCCCGGGACAGCCGGUACCCAUUGCGAGAUCGACACGAAGGACGAGUGCCUGAGCAAUCCGUGCCAGCAGCCCGAAGCCAUCUGCGAGAACCUGGUGGGUGACUACGCGUGUUAUUGCCCGCCCAAGUGGACCGGCAAGAAUUGCGAGCUCUUCGAUCCCGAGUCCAGGGGUGGCCUGUACGGGCGCAAGAAGCCAUCGAUGCCGAGCAACGCUUUCGAGCUCGAUCUCGAGCGGGAGCGCAAAAAGUGCGUGCUGAACCGUUGCGAUGAGAAAUCGGGCAACCACAGGUGCGACGAGGAAUGCAACCGCUACGCGUGCUAUUUCGACGGCAACGAUUGCUCCCUCGGCAUCAAUCCGUGGAGAAACUGCACGGCGUCCAUCAACUGCUGGGACGUCUUUAUGAACGGCGUCUGCAACGAGGAGUGCAACAACGCCCAGUGCCUGUUUGACGGCAGGGACUGCGAGAACAGGCUCAAGCCUUGCAAUCCAUUUUACGAUGCCUACUGUCGCAAGCACUACGCCGACGGUCAUUGCGACUACGGCUGUAACAACGAGGAGUGCAACUGGGAUGGUCUCGAUUGCGACGACACGAUUCCACCGUCGCCGGCCGAGGGUAUGCUCUCGGUGGUCGUGCGCAUGGACAUCCAACAGUUCCGGAAGAACAUCAUCGGCUUCCUGCGCGACAUUGGCCACGAGCUGCGCACUACCUUAAAAGUCAAGCAAGACGACUUUGGUCAGGCCAUGAUAUACCCCUGGCGCCGUGAUCCCGACGAGGAUGACCUGGGUGGCAUGCCGACCUACGACAUAAAGGGCAUAUCCCUGGACACGCACGGUGACAAGUCGACGGGGGUCGUGGCUUACCUCGAGAUCGACAACCGCAAGUGCUCGAACAGCAAACACAAGGUCUGCUUCCCGUCGGCGACCGAAGCUGCCGAGUACCUCGCCGCCACCGCGUCCAAGCACACGCUCUCGCGCAACUUCCCCAUCGAGAAGGUCGAGAGCGUGAUCGGGCCGAACGUCGACUAUCCGGAUACUUCGACCAACUUCAAGUACGUGCUGUUCGGCGCCAUGCUCGUCGUCCUCGUUGCCGCCCUCUUUGGCAUCCUCGUCACGGCCCAGAGGCGCCAUCCCGGCAAGAUAACGACCUGGUUCCCGGACGGCUUCAUCCGCACCUCGAGCAGUAACGUCCAGAGGAGGCGCUCCCGGCGCCGUGGACCCGACGGUCAGGAGAUGCGCAACCUCAACAAGCAGCCGCCCGGUGUCAACUGCAUGGACAUGGGCAACGGGCGCGCGGCGCCCCAGUGGUCCGACGACGAGUCGGAUCUGCCACCCUCGAAGCGUAUGCGCGCCAUCGAGCCCGGCUACGCGAGCGACCACACCCUCGUGACCGACUACGAGGAAGCCGAGCCACGCAUGUGGACGCAGCAGCACCUCGACGCCGCUGAAGUUCACAGGCCCGACGCAGGUGUGCUCACUCCUCCGAGUCUGGAGCACGGCCAGGACGUGGAUGCGAGGGGACCAUGCGGUAUGACGCCCCUCAUGGUCGCGGUUGGAGGUUGCGGCCUCGACACGGGCGAAGAGGAGGACGAGGGCGACGGCACGGCUGCCGUUAUCGCGGACCUCGUAGCCCAGGGUGCUGAUCUCAACGCAACCACUGACAAGAGCGGUGAAACAUCGCUGCAUCUCGCCGCCAGGUACGCCCGGGCGGAUGCCGCCAAGAGGUUGCUCGACGCAGGCGCGGACGCAAAUUCGCAGGACAACACGGGCCGCACGCCCCUGCACUCGGCCGUCGCCGCGGACGCAAUGGGCGUCUUCCAGAUCCUGUUGCGCAACCGCGCCACCAACCUGAACGCUCGCAUGCACGACGGCACAACGCCGCUCAUCCUCGCCGCGCGUCUCGCCACCGAGGGCAUGGUCGAGGAUCUUAUCAACGCGGACGCUGAUAUAAACGCGGCCGACAACAGCGGCAAGACGGCCUUACAUUGGGCCGCGGCCGUGAACAACGUCGACGCGGUGAACAUACUGCUGGUUCACGGAGCCAACAGAGACGCGCAGGACGACAAGGACGAGACCCCGUUGUUCCUGGCAGCGCGCGAGGGUAGCUUCGAGGCGUGCAAGGCGCUCCUCGAUACCUUUGCCAACCGGGAGAUCACGGAUCACAUGGACAGAUUGCCAAGAGACGUGGCUGGCGAGCGGUUGCACCACGACAUCGUCAGGCUACUGGACGAGCACGUGCCGAGGUCACCGCAAAUGGUGACCGUCAUGCCCAACGGCCCGCUCAUGGGCUCGCCAAACCAUCCACAACUCAUAUCGCAUCCGACGGUCAUCGGGAACGCGCCGAAGCAGAGCAAGUCGAAGAAGCGUGCGAAACCGGGCUCGGGCAAUCCCAACAGUCCGGAGUCGGAAAACGGGGGCAUCAGUGUCAACGGCGUGGUCGCGUCCGCGGCGCGCCGAAAGCCCUCGGUCAAGAAGCAGCAGCCAGCGAAGCGCGCCGCUCAGCCGAACCCCAACCAGGAGCUGCCGCAGGGUGCCGAGGGCGCGGAAGGCAAUCUGCCCAGUCCCUAUGACAGCGCGAGUCUGUUUAGCAACGCUCUGCCUCCCCUCGUCGCCACGGGAGCUACUCACACUCAGACCUCGGCGGCCAAACAGCCACCCCCCUACGAGGAUUGUAUCAAAAGCCAGACCAUGCAACAUUUGCAGCAGCUGAACCAUUUGGACAGUUUCACGAGCUACGGGCUGCCGAAUUUUCACGACCAGCUGCUGGCCGCGCAGCAUUCGCAAACGCAGCAACGUCAACCGACGAGCAACGGGGGAAUGGUGGUGAACACGCUGUCGCCGCCUUACAGCAACCAGUCGCCACCUCACUCGGUUCAGUCGAACAUAACGCUGUCGCCGCAAGCGAGCUAUGGCAUGGGUUCGCCCUCGCCGGCCAAGAACCGGCCAUCCCUGCCCACCUCGCCCACCCACAUAGCCGCGAUGCGCCAAGCGACGCACCAAAAACACGGCGGCAUGCCGCCCGUGGGGUUUGACUUUGACAACCUACCCUACACCCAGCAAUCGCAGCAGCAGCAACAGCCGAUGCAGCCCACCCAGCAGCAGCAGCAACAGUUUCAGCAGCAACACCAACAACAGCAGCAGCAACAGCAGCAGCAGCAACAGCAGCAACAGCAGCAACAACAACAGCAGCAGUACUAUCAGUACUUGACGCCGCCGUCGCACCAUUCGGGCCCGGAUGUGACCCCCCAGCACAUCAUGCAAGCGCCGGAGAGCUUUCCCACGCCCUCGCCGGACAGUCCGGGUCACUGGUCCUCGAGCUCGCCCCACUCGAACAGCGACUGGUCCGAGUGCAUGGCCUCGCCCCACGCGUACGGCUCGGUCGGCGUCGCGACAGGACACCAAAGCAACAAGGGCUCCGAGGCUAUCUACAUAUGAGAGCGGCUCAUCUGCGUGUCGCCGGUGCCCCACGCCCCCAACGCCGUCGAUACGGUCCGAGCAGUGAGCGAUCAGAACUG